CUUACAUUUUUUUGCGGUAGUGUUGGCAGCUGAGCUGAAAUCCGGGCUGGAAAUGUUAGCGUGUGCUAAGUGGCUGGCAGAUGGACGUGGAUUGCCUUCUCUCGCCUCUGGCAACCUUUGGAUGCUUAGCGUGGCGCUUCCCUGCCUAUAUAGCCGAGGAGGGGCACUGUCUUCUAUCCGCCGACGAGGUCUGCUCUUUUAGUAAGAUGUCGCCCUUUCGUCGUUGACCGGUAACAACAGAAGGCGACAAGAGACGACGGUCGGAGCAGCAAUGAAGUUUCACCGAAGGGACACCAAAGCAUUUCCAGGUCUACUUGCGGGAACAUCUCACCAGAGAGUCAUCCAGGAAGCAUGUGCCCAAGCCUCCUCAAAUGACCCCUUUCGAUGUGAAGGAGCUGCUGCUCUUCUCUGAGCUCCUCUCUCGUAUGACCAAGCUCUCCAUCAUAUCUCUUCUUCGGGUGAGUCCAGCCACCCCAAGGAGACAUGAUCAGGACGCUGAGCAGAAGUGUGCAAGCUGCUGUCAGACAUACCCCGUGGGCUCCAUGGACACGCAGGACACCGGUUCGGCGCUUCACUUGUCCCCCAGCUGCUCUCCACUUCCACCAAGACUUUCUAGAGGUCCACUACAGAGGCAACCGACUGCACUUGGACUACUUGUGGUUGAGGGAUAACUGCCACUUAACCUCUUCCAACAACUUCACAACCAACCAGAGGAAAGUUGACACCGCGAGCAUCGACCUCAACAUUCGUCCCGAAGACAGCAAAGUGGAAGAUAACCAUCUCAUCCUCACUUGGCCUGGUGGUUACAUCUCCAAAUACAGCCUCAGCUGGCUAGCUGAAAACACCUACGAAGGAAGGAAACAGCGCACCACCCAGCCACGUAUUCCCUGGAAUGCUGACAUCUAUAACAAUGCAAAUGUGCCCUCUUUGAAAUGGGACACGUUUAUGAGCAGUGAUGAUGAACUGAAGACGUUUUUGCAGACCUAUCUUCUCUAUGGGAUUGCGUUCGUGGAAGAUGUCCCUGCUACAGUUGAAGCCACAGAGGCCGUUUCUCUGAGGGUCAGUCUUAUAAGGGAGACGACAUAUGGGGGAAUGUGGUGCUUCACUUCAGAUAAUUCAAGAGGAGACAGCGCUUACAGCAACGUGGCUCUGGACCGCCACAUUGACACAUGUUAUUUACAUGAACCGUGUGGAAUUCAAGUUUUUCACUGCCUCAAACAUGAGGGAACGGGAGGAAAGACUCUCCUUGUGGAUGGAUUCUAUGCAGCAGAAAAUAUUCGCAAGAACUCCCCAGACCAUUUUGAGCUGCUUUCCAGUGUUCCUAUCAGACAUGAACAUCGUGAAAACACGCCUGGCCAUCUAUACUGCAUGCAAGGCAUCGGACCCAUCCUGAAUGUCUAUCCUUGGAACAAUGAACUUUACAUGAUACGGUACAACAACUAUGACCGAUCAGUGACUGACACCAUCCCUCAUGAUGUUAUUCGACGCUGGUAUGUGGCUCAUCGAGAAUUGACUACGCAACUCAAGCGACCAGAGAAUGAGCUGUGGGUGAAACUGACUCCUGGAAAUGUGAUUUUCAUCGACAACUGGAGGGUCCUUCAUGGGAGGGAAGCUUUCACCGGCAUACGGCAACUCUGUGGAUGCUACCUGACCAGAGAUGAUGUUCUCAGCAAAGCACGUACUUUGGGGCUGCAGGCCUAACUCCAGACGAAGACAGCCCUUUAACUGGGGUACUUUUUAGCCAUUUGCAAAUUAAUGCUGCAUGGAAUAGGUUGAUUGGCAACACUAAAUUGGCCCUAGUGUGUGAAUGUGAGUGUGAAUGUUGUCGUCUAUCUGUGUUGGCCCUGCGAUGAGGUGUCCAGGGUGUACCCCGCUUUCCGCCCGAAUGCAGCUGAGAUAGGCUACAGCACCCCCCGUGACCCCGAAAGGGACAAGCGGUAGAAAAUAGAUGGAUGAAUGGGUAUUCUGUAAUUAUUUUCAUUGUUGGGGCCAUUGAGUGAAAAAAAAGUAACAAUUUAUUUGAGACUCUUUAACAGUUCAAAUAUAACUAAAUGUCUGACACCCUAAUAAUUAACUGACAAGAAAAUAAGGCCCAACCCAAUUGUUUUCCUUUUAAUUCGUUUGACACGAUUUUUAUCCUAUUUUACUUGGACGAGAAUUAAAUUAAUAUUUUUAGAGUAAUGAAUAAUUCAUUUUGCAAUCAAAAGGUAGACAGAAUAGAGAGUAACAUACUUUUUUGGUGAACUCUGUUAUUUAAUUCUCUCAUUGGUGACAGAGCAGGAAAGGGCUGGGAAUACAUGUCUAAUAAAUUAAGCUUUGCUUCUUCCUACUCCUUUUCGGGCAUGAUGUAAAAUGAAAUGAUAUGAAAUUGUGUGACGUAUUAAGAUGUAAGUGUGUUCAUAUUCGAAAUAAACUAAAGAAAGAAAAAGAAAGAAUAAAGUUUAAUCUAUAAGCGCCCUGUCAUUCAUUCAUUCCGUUGAUAUUUUAACAAACUAUUUUUGAUUGUCACGGUGAUACGGGACAAAGUGCAUCCCAAUUACUCUUGUUUCUAAAUGUGUGAUGCUUAAUUUAAUCAAUACAGUUAGUAUGGUAUGUAGUGUGUGAAAAGUAAUGCGUUUUAACAUUGUGGUUCGAUUGUGCCCCCGCUGGCAUGAUGGGUAACGGCAAGAAAUACACAUGGUCCUGAUUCCAUAGUAAGGGAUAAUCAUUAAUUCUAGUCAUGUGUUCCCCUUGGUGCUGUACAUUAUUCACCAGGUCCAAAUAAUCUUGUCAAAUCCAAACAUCUCUGACAGUAGACAGCAUGUGUUAGAUAAAUCUUCAAUUAAAUCUGAUGAGAUGUGCAGAUGCACUUAAUGUUGAGUGUACACGUAUAUUCAGUGUAGGCAGCAACCUCUU